CGGGAGGGGGAGUUGGUGAGGACCCCGCGCGUUAGGUGGCCGCUGCGCACGGUGUGGCGGUGCCUGCGCGGGGUAAUUCAUAGCACAAUGUUUAACAUGCACCUUUCAUGCUAAUGUUGCCGGGUUUUUUUUACAAUUGGUUCACUUCAGAUUAUCCAUUAGACGGGUUUUACAAUAUGCCAUUAUUUCAACAAAACGCAUUGUGCUAUCAAAUAUAAAAUGUGAAAUUGUAUUUUAUUUACAGGUGAAAACCCGUGCAGAAAAAAAUAUCUUCAACGAAAGACAUGAGCACAUUGACACGAACACAUCAAAAAAAUAGUCACAAAUAAUCACUGUUAAAAUGCACUCAGUAUGGUAAUAUAGAUAAUUUGUAUUGUUACAAAAAUACCCCACCCCGUACUCAUUAAAUGGUUAAAUUAGGAAUUGAAAAUGAAAAGUCUCCGAUUGUUAAAAAUAAAACGUGUCAAAAAUGUCAUCCUAACAUCACAAUGUUUCACCUGCUAAGUAGUGUUAUUUACGUGAAACUGACUGCGAGUAAUUAUUUAUCAUCUUGGAGGUAUGUUGGUGUGUCAAUUGAUGUCUCACAAAGCAUACAAAAUGUGAAGAUAUGCAUUAGACCAUUGGAAGCGUAUUUGUUAUAUUUAUUGUUGACCAACUUAUCAACAAAUCAGGUGUCUCGCAGUAAAUCAAGUACUGUAAUUUAAAACACUCCACGGUCCAAAAGAAGAGUGUCUCAUGACCAAAGGUUAUAAUGGGUGUCAACUACUGCCCUACUGACAGAUGGCAUUCUAGUUAUAGUACUUUGGGAGUUUCACAGCUGGCUCAUCUCGUCACAUACCAGGAAUGUUGGUGCCACGAACAGACACAUUCCUAGGUGCAACUGCAAUAUAUGGCGAUAGAUUUAAAAUUUCUGCUGGCUCAGUUAUUUUGGAUUGACCGACACUUGCAUUGGCCUAUAAUAUAACUAAAAACACGUUGGAGGCAGGCUUUAGAGACAAAAGUCAAAUCUAUAUCACGUGCAAGCAAAACAGUCCACAAGGGAUAAUGGGAUUCCGAAAUCAAUCACACACUGCAGCCUUGUGAGGUCAAAUGUGUUUUAACAGCUGGUGAAUAUGGCCAUAUAUUUUCAGCAACAAGAUAACUUACGAGUGCAGCUCAUAAGAAUCUUAAACUUGCCUCGGAGAAAAUAUUCUGUACACCCUGGUGGAUGUUUACCCUGAAUGUUCAGUGAUAUAUUUUGUGGGGUUAUUUAUUCCCCAGCAAGUAAAGGGAAAUGGUUUUGACACUCUGUCCAAACAUGUUUUCAGAAAAACCGUGAUAUGGACCUCAAAUGGUGACCUGUGGAAGUGUAGAUAUGUGUACGUUAUUCGCUGGCUGGCAUUCGUCUGUCGCCAUCAGUCAAAGGCACAUCAGGACACCAGUAUUCGAGUAGAGUAUUGUGUUUUUUUUCCCACGUUCACACACGUAGCAAUGAGAGUAUUCAGAUCACACGGGCCAUUGUUAUAUCCGCAACGCUGCACCGCAUUUUCUCUUAACAAAUUAACAUGGGGAGUGAGAUGGCCCAGCGGUAGCACGUUCCACCGCUUGUUGCAGAGGUUCACAAUUCCCAUAGAGCGGCCUAAUGACGUUCACAUUGUGUGCCAGCGUCUUAGUCCAAAUGGACUAAAUUAGAAAAAAAAAUACCAGUAAAUUACUCAUUUAGAAUUACUCUAUGCAUGGCAGUCAUCGCCCUCUGCUGCAAAAACUUGGCAGGGCCCUCCUGAGAAAAAAGUCACGAGACGCUGUGGGGUAAACAAUCAUACUACAGGACUAAUAAUAUUUACACGGUUGGCAAAUCCACAGCUGGAUGAGGCCUCUGUUUCUAUAUACCGUGUCGGUUUCACGGGGAUUUUUUGAUCGUAGCGAAGCAAACCUCACGAACUGGAACUAUCUCGACCAGGCACAAGAACACGAACAACGUCUACUAUGAAGAGCAGUAGACCAUGGAUGAUGCUCCCACGCAUCUGUAGUCUGUGAGAGGAUCCGCGCACAGCUGAUGAAUUUAGCACCGUUACUGACUGACCUUUGUGCGCGCCUGUGCCCACAUUCAGUAGCCAGUGGUUUAAAGUGGUGUGAUGAACACGAAAUUACUUAAUUUAUACAGUAUUGCCACCGUGUCAUCCGCCCAAUCCCAUGUACUGCAUAUUCGCAAUAUGUCCUCUGUAAGGAAACGUUUGUUGUGAAGGCGUCAUUCGGCUUCGAUGCAUCCAUAAGCCAUCAAAACAUAACAGCAAUUUGACCGACAGAGGGUGCCACAACGUAUAGAGGUACAGGGAUGCAGAUAUGAUACACAACAAUACAUUCUAAUGCUGCUUCCUGUGUGCAUUUGAGAUUUUGUGGGUGCCCGAAUGACGGUGCAGGGGGAGGAUUGGUGGCUUGGAUUAAAAUGUUCAUCGUUACUGGACGCUAUGUCUUUGGUUUGUAUCGUUUCUCUGGGUUUUGAAGGUUCUGUUUGUCGUGGUUCCUCUGGCCGAUGUCCUAAAUUCGUUAAUGUUUGUUGUUCCUCUCCAGAUGUUCCCCUUUCACCUCGGCGUUAUAUUUCUCGUUUGCGUUGUACAUACAUUUUGAGAUUCUGCGUCAGUAUUUAAACAAUCAAUGGAAAUAGUUACGCGUAUCUCAUGACUAUUUAUACAUCUGCCAGUUUUGCAAUAUUCAUUAAGUGAAAUAAUACAGCCCCUUUGUUCCAUGCGGUUUUUAAUGCGCGUGAUAAACGCGACCCGUCUAUUUUGUUACUAUACUGGGUAGAAGUGUUAUAUUUGGGAUACGUGUAUCAUAUACCGUGCCCGUGGUCAUUGUGCUUAAUUUAGGCGAUGUAACACCGUGUUUGUGUUUGCGAUCUCAUAUCGCUGUGUAGCGCCCGCUAUAUCGCGUGUUACCGCUGGUGCCUAAUGCGCGCGUUUUGUGACAUGCGAUCGGACAAGUUGUGGCAUCUUUUUGUCGAUAACCUCAAGGUUACUUAACAACGACAAUUUCGGUUGUUUGUGGACGUGAAACCGUGGCCGCUUCUGAACGCGUACAAUUCAGGAACCUAAUGCCAAUUCUAAAAUCAAUUUGUAAAAAAAAAAACCUGUUACGUCUCCUGUCUUAAAUCAACGGUCAGCUUCGAGUUACGUUUCUUAAGGAUAGACAUGCUGGUUGGUGGUCACCAAGAUAUUGUGAGCUGUUUUGAGGACUGUGGAACAUUAUUCGGCGGGUAGGAGGUCUUAUGGGGUCAGGUUAUCUUCACCAACUCGCAUUGACCAACGUGCUGAGUGAUCUACGGUCACACGCUAUCUUCUCCCCCCUUAAUUGACGAGUGAGGCCUGCAUCCAGUAUUGGAUUGACCGUGGCUGAUAAAUCAGAUGGUCUGAGAUGCCUUUAAAAAAAAUCAAGUUCAUCUCUAGAUUUUAGACGGCUUCUUGUUUUUUUUUACUUGGGUGAACAGUUGUGCUUGAAUUGCAUGAUAAUACCGCAUUAAAUCCAGGCAUUCCGAACAAUCACAGACUAUUGUACACGAAUAUACCAGCAGCGACAGUGCUGGUCCAUUCGGAGCCCUGAGCAAGGCAAAGAGAUACCGCGAGAUGAGAGGAAAUUAAGUAGAGAUGCAGUGACAGAGAUGUAGUGAAAUGAAAUAAACGUAGACAAGAAAAACAAACGGUGUGCGAUGAAAGACACAGACAAGAUAGAUAGUGAUUAAUUCGUUUGUAGUUUACAUUUAUUAAAACAUACGUAUUGUAUUAGUAUUUCGUUCACACGUAUAUAUUUUUGUUUAAAUGAACCCAGGCCCUCUUAACCUACUUGGAGGCCAAAGCAUCUGUUUUAAGUUUGCGUACGCCUUGCGCCAUGCCUGUAUAUCGGGAGAUGUAAGCAACGCGUUAACGCACACGCACGAGCUUUGACGUGCAGGAUGGGCAUUGGCGAUGACCAUGAGGUUACUUUAUUUGGGAAAUGGCCCGCGUACGCACUGUUGCUCGCACGUAAUCACGCUUCACAGCGUGCUGGUGCAUUUAUUUGGAUAAAAUUGCAGCACAGUGACACGGCGCAGAGCGGGCAAAAAAUCGAUGCGAGGAUAUGCGGUUUGGUUGAAAAUGUCUUUUCGCUUCCCUCCGCCCCCUCCCAGCCCUGUAAAUGGAGCGACAUGGGUCAGCUUCCCACCUCUUAUAUAUUAAUAGCUUCUGCAUGCGCUCUUCCAAAGUCUGUUCAACCAGUGCGUGGUGCAACUGCGCUCGGCUGUUUAUAAAUGUGAUCGUGGCGGGGUGGUCAAUGCGUGCGUGGAGAGUCUCUGGUUAAUGGUUAAACCGGGCCUACAGUGUUGUCAAACAAGGGGUACUGCAUGGUUGGCCUUCGGGCUGUGGUGCAGGCAGGUAAUCAUCUCUUUAGUCAAUCAGUAAUCCCUCUGGCGGCGUCAAACCUGCGGGGAGGACACGAGUUCCAUUUAAAGAACGUGCUGUCCUGAUGGAAAAUUCAGAGUUAAGAGUAGUGUCGCCGUUCGGUUUUAGCAUCUGUCAUCCCUCGGUCUUCUGAAGAGAACAUCGUUUUUGUUGGUGGGUGGAGUGGGGGGGAAUAUACAAUUAAUUCGGACGUUAAAUUUUGAUUUAAAGCUUUCGUGACUGCAGUAAUUCAUAUUCUUAGUUUUUUCGGUAAAGUCACGUUGAAGAGAAACAACAGAAUAACAAUAUCUAAAACUAAGAAUAUAAUUCGGACGUUGUUUGUAUUCAGCUGGACGUUUCAAAUAAGAUUUUUUUUUUGGAGGGGGGGGGGGUGGAAUUCAUCUUCACGCUUUGCGAAAAUCUAUCUACCAUCACCUGGACGUUUCAAUAGCAGAGAACUUCUACGUAUGCAUUUAAACAAUCAAACGCACUUUGUACACAGUGCGUAAUAUAUGGGCUGUUAGGGGGAACAUUCAACGAUGACUGCCAAGGCGCUCUCGGAUCUGCUGACUCGCGGCACGGGCCGUGAAGCCGCCGUGGAGGUGCAGGAACCCAGUGCCGACGAGUCCGAGUCGGACCUGGACGAGGCGGUGACCUCGUCUCCCUGCGUCGACGAAGACGACGACGACGACGAGGAGGACGAUCAGCUGUUCGCCGGCAUCACCACCACCACCAACACCACCGCCAACAGCAGCAGCGGCGGCGGCGGGGUCGGGAUGCGACCCACGCCGGGGUCCGGCACGAAAGAACCCCGCGCGGAGAGGACCUCGCAGAUCAUCCACAGCGGACACUUCAUGGUGUCGGCGCCGCACCGCGACGCGUCCACGCGCCGCCGCUACGACUUCGACACGGUCGACCGCCAGACGUGCCGCACCUACCGCUUCGGACCGCGCAGCGCGUCCCACUACCUGGCCAUCGACGCGUCGCUCACGCGCCUCUUCGAGUGCAUGACCCUCGCCUACAGCAGUGCGCGGCUGGUCUCACCGAAGUGGAAGAAUUUCAAGGGCCUAAAGCUGCUGUGGAGAGACAAGAUCCGACUGAACAAUGCCAUCUGGCGAGCCUGGCACAUACAGUAUGUGGAACGACGGGACAACCCUGUGUGCCACUUUGUCACGCCGCUUGAUGGACACGAUGCCCUCGUGCAUCUUAAGCCACAGGCAAAUAUACUUGAAGGAAAGUACUGGAAGAGGCGGAUAGAAAUAGUCAUCAAGGAAUACCACAACUGGAGAAUCUACUUCAAAAAACGGAGAGUCAAGGAUGAUGAGCUGGCAAGUCUCGCCAAGGAUGACGUGGCACUGGGACAUUCGACACAGCAGGCGCAGCCGUGCGACCAGCAGAACGAGUCGGCGUGGACACUGCACUUGGACACCAUGAUCAUGGACUUCAGUGACACGCUCUUCUCGAGCCUGGCACAGCACAGCUUCGCGUGGCCAAACCCACGUGAAAUUGCCCACGCCAGCAAUGCAGACGUCAUCCAGCCAGGCCUCAUUCAGCUGCAGCCCAGCCUGGAGGAUUACAUGGACACGAUGGAUUCCUUGCAGGACCUGCUGCCGAUGGGACGCCCAGCCUUCCUGCAGCAGCAGCAGGAGCAGCAGCAGCAGCAGCAGCCUACAGAGACGGCGUUUACCGUGCAGACUGCAGAGCCUCAGCUAGGGCCGUUCUCCUCGUCCCACACGAACAGCACAGACUUCUACGCUUCGGGACCCCAAGCUUCUUGUCACUCCCAGAAACUGACCACGUUUCAAUCUUUCGACCCUGAUGGAGGCUUCCCUGAAGCUUCCCAGGCUGUGACACAAUUCCUUGGACCACCUGCUUGCCAAGAGACGCAGCACCCAUACCAAUGUGGAUUUGAUCAGAGCAACAGUGGAUUGGGAGAGAUGGUGAAUUUAAACUCCAAUAUCCGUUGCGGCAUUCUGCCAAAGGCUCCUAUAAAUGACACCUACCAGGACAACCACGGUUUCUCAUUAUCCGCAAUCCAUCAGCAAUUCGGGCUGUGCCAAGACUCUGCCAACAAACACCAGGCAACACAGAAGCUCUGCUACCAGCCAAUACCUCCCUCUGCAGACGAUGUAACCAAGGCGGCAAUGGAGUCGGCAUAUCCACCCCAAUUUCCUCAGUCUGCUGCGUUCAACGUGCCCGGCAACAACCUGCAUCACCUUCAGUCACUGCCCAGUAACACUCAAAAGGCAUCUCUCUCACCAUUCCCCAUCUACUUUGCAAACAGAGAUCAGUGUCAAGAGAACGUGGCUUGCAUCGCCUCUGUCGGCCAUGUCACUCCUUCUGGCUUGGAGAAGCCUGGAUGCUUUAGUCAACAUCAGUAUCCACAACAGCAGCACCAUCAGCAGCAGCACCAGCAGCACCAGCAGCAGCAGCAGCACCAGCAGCAUCAUCAUCAGCAGCAGCAUCAGCAGAAGCUGACAGUGUCCCAAGAGACGCGCAAGCGCUCAUUUCCAAUGCUUCCCGAGAUCGAUGCUGUUGGAAGUCUGCGGACCCCACAGGCCAACCUACCACUACCGACUCAAGUUCCACCCGCGAGUCUGCCGCUGCAAGCCCCAGGCCCUCAGGAGAACAGAAAGCGGUCCCUGCCCAGCAGCUCGCUACCCGAGCUGUUCCGCGAUUGCGGCCAGAAAGGAGCGUCCAUCGAGGUUGGGCAGCACGCGGCGAGCAAGCGGUCUCUGCCGAGCAGCCCCACCCGCGACGUGCCCUACGACUACGUUUUGACGGGGCCGUCGUCCUCCUGCAGCCAGAACAGCGGCGCGGGGGGCGGCAAUCCCUUCCAGUCGUCGCUCGCCGCCCAGCCGGCCCCGAGCCCGGCGGACAUGCGGCCGCGGGAGCCGCCGCCGCAGCCGCAGCCGCAGCCGCAGCCGCACGCCUUCGCUUACGCCCCCAGCGCGACGGCUUUUGCUCGGCAGCAGCCAGAGGCCCGCAAAUGCUCCGUCCCCGGCAGCCCCGACGGGCACGAGCUGCCCCGUCGCGAGUUCUCAGCGGCGACGGCAGCGGCAAUCGCGGUGGCGGUUGGCGGUGCGCAGCGGCUCGUCGCGCCGGUCGUAACGCUCAGCGGUCCCCCGCAGCAAUGCCGCUCCGCCCAUGGGCAGUCGUCCUUUGAAGAGUUCUUGAUGCCCAUGCCUAAGCUGGCCCUCAAGCAAAAGCCGAAGAUCGCCAUGGGGCCCUUGCCUACGCAGCCGCAGCAGGCUCAGCCGCUGCAAUUGGAGACGAACAGCACCGGCACCAGCAGCUCGUUCCUCGCCAAACUCCUGUCUUCAGGUACCGUUUUAAACGGAGGUUUGCCGCCAAGCCAGUCUUCCAUUGGGAGUGCUCCAUCAUCCUCCGUCAAACAAGAGGACAUGCUUCCCACUCUACUGUCAAUUCCUGCUGCCUCGGGCUCUGGAUCACUGCUGGAGCCGCUACAGAAUUCUGUGACGGUGGGAGGACAUGGCUCCCAGCCCACGCUGUUGCAACCACUCACUUCUCCCGCCCAGCUCAUCCCGAAGGCAGAACGAAGCACCGCUAACUCCCACUCAUCCUCCAUCUCACCAACAAGCAAACAUCACCACAGCUCGGGACGGGCAUCGCCCGGGACGCCGGAGAGCAGGUCCCGCCCACAGUCGCCGCUCGACUCCUCUGGCAUUGUCGUCUUCAAGGACAGCCGGCGUGUAACGCACAUCUCCGCUGAGCAGAAGCGACGUUUUAACAUUAAGAUUGGCUUCGAUACAUUGUAUAACCUGGUGUCGCCUCUCAAUCUGCAGCCAAACAGCAAGGUCAGCAAGGCCGCAACGCUGCAGAAGACAGUGGAGUACAUCACCAAGCUGCAGCAGGAACGGCAGCAGAUGUUGGACGAGGCACAGAAGCUCCGCGAUGAGAUUGAAGAACUCAACGCUGAAAUCAACGUUUGCCAGCAGCAACUGCCGGCCACUGGGGUGCCCAUCACGAAGCAGCGCUUCAACCAGAUGCGCCAGAUGUUCGACGGCUACGUCCGCGCGCGCACGCAGUGCAACUGGAAGUUCUGGAUCUUCAGCAUUCUCAUGCGUCCUCUCUUCGAGUCCUACAAUGGGAUGGUGUCUACGGCCAGCAUGGAGGAGUUGUGCCGGACCGUCAUGUGCUGGCUUGACCAGCACUGUGCUCUGCCCAGCCUCCGGCCCAUCGUGCUCACUGCUCUGCGCCAUCUCAGCACGAGCACCUCCAUCUUGUCGGACCCGACUCUUGUUCCCGAGCAAGUGGCACAGGCCGCGAAGCCCCAGCAAGGCCAGACCCACGCAGGCCAUGCCAACCCAACCCCUGCGUCCAUGAGCCAUGCCCACUCUAAUCUUUCCUACAGUGGCCAUCAAGGCCAGAAUCCUGCUGGUCAUGCCAAUCCAGCUCCUGCCUCACACUCUGGCCAUGGCCAUAGCGGCCAUCAAGUCCGGACUCGCACCGGCCACGCCAACCCAACCCCUGCUUCCGUGACCCACGCCCACUCUAAUCUUGCCCGCAGUGGUCAUCAAGGCCAGACUCACACCGGCCACGCCAACCCAACUCCUGCACCCAUGAGCCAUGCCCACACUGGCCACGUUCCUGUCAGUCAUGACCAUUCCAUCCAAACUCACCGUGGCCUAACACCCGCCGACCACGUUUACCCUGGCCAUGCUCCGGCUGGUCAUGCCCCAGCCGCCCAUGCCCCUACCGGCCAGGCUAGCUGACCAAGCAAGCACUGUGACAUUGUCCCCUGUCAUUUUUUUGUAAACAUGUUAUUUUGUUUAAUUUAAAUAAAUAGCUGUACGAGUGCAGUCGUUUUAUAUGUAUGAUGCAUUAAAUCAAGCUGGCCAGAUCACUGUUAUGAAUACUUUAAAUUCAAACUGUAAUGCAACUAUUGCCGUAUAUGUUAUCCCCCUCCGGAAUAGACACUGCUGACAUUGUUACCAGUGCAAAGUAUUUGCUGUCACUGGGCUGGCACACCAAUGAGGAUUUCAAUAUUCACGCACAUGCCAACCCUACCAAUUUAAUCAGUAGGCUGUCGAUUUUAAACCAUUUUACUGGAAUGUAUACAUAAAUAUACAUGUAUACAUGAAUAUAUGCAUUUGUAUGCAUAUGCGUUCCUUUGAAUAUAAUGUGGUCAAAUGAUUGACCUAUUGGCAGCCUAUUGCCUUAAUUGAUAGGGCUUUUAAGGUAUUUAUUGUUAUUUUAAUUUGCAAACAUACAUCCCAAAGGCCCAUUUCAGCAUUGGGCAACAUCUAAAUCCCAGCAACAUUGGGUUUAUUUUACUGCCUGUGUGAGUUGUGAGAGUUAUUUGACCCUACUUCACCACACUAACCGGCGAAUGUGAGAGGUGCCCCGGACUGGUUCAGAUAUCAAGUGCCAAUGAUGUAAGAGCCAUGGGCAAGAUUCGAACGUGGCUGACAGCGCUUACAGUGCAUUGCAAGGACGACAGUGCCAUCGCUCCCUCCCAAUACUCGUAAACGUUAUGAAAUAAAUAAUGAAAUAAUAUAAUGCAUAAUACAUGGCAGCAAAGAAAAACCUAUCUGGAAAUGACACUGCCUCUUGUCGUCCAAAUGCUAUCACAUAGAUGUUCCCCCCACCACGUUUCACCGAAGCGAAAUGCACACGCGAAUAUUGCCACGCGUCCCAUUGUAAUUCCACUAAUGGCACGGGGCACAAGCCUGCGUGUUCCUUUUUGACAAAAGUCUUAUAACAUCGGCACAAACAUCUUGGAUGGGCGCGCGCGGUCCCGUGGGCACGUGACCACUUACUUUAGAACACGCGAUUGUCGCUCUUGUGUACACAGCAAAAGCUGCCCUUUUUCUAAACUCUUACAAAUAACAACGCUGCCGUUUUUAGUUGACAGCUGUUGCGUGCGCUGUUACCGAAGGGUGCACACAGUCGCUGCGUCCAGCGCAGGUCGAUUGAAUUCGUGGGUUUUCACGCAAUUCACAUCGCGGUACAUGUAUUGCCCCCGUCCCUGCUUCACCGCGUGUGUACCAGGGAUGAUUUAUAGCCAAUUCCACUCGGGGGGACUGGACUCGGCUUUAGAGAUGGGUUUCAAAAAUUACGGUAACCUGCAAUGACGCAGGCAACAAGACAGAAGUGUUUUCUGCAACAGGGCUGUCUGCAAAGUAAAGCACUAUCACAAACACAACUUGAGACCAAAUAUUUGUCAUAUAUUAAAGCGGAACUCCUUUCUGUGUCCCCACAUUUACUGUAAAUAAAAAUCGGGUUAAGUCCUUCCACCUAUUGUCUUUCCAGACCAUUAUCCAGCAGCCUUUGAUUAAGCUAGCAAACUCGGGGCAAAGUUAGACUUACUAAACAAAUGCUGCUGGGUUCUUGGAUGUUAUUAGCAAGAGCACUCCAUCUCAACCACGGGGCCCUGUUCAACACAAAAGCAGUAUUUUAUACCAACAUAUGCCUAAACCCGUAAUCCUCCACAGCAUUUAGUUUUUGUACCACAUAUUACUCGCUGAUAGCAUAUGGAAUACACUUAUGCCAUCAAAAUAUGUGCACAAUGCAGCUGUAUAUGCUUGAAAGCACAUGUUAAACAAACUAGUGUUACUUCCCCAUCACAAGACGUGUGCAUAUUACCAACAACUAAACGAGCAGGUGUACAAGGGAUGUAAUGAUCGGAACAUACAAAGUAUGAUGCCCGUGCUGCAAACAAUAUGACUAAAACGUCAGCAGUGUUUUGGUUACUGUGGCCCUGUUUUCUUUUUGAACUGUAAUUGGUAGAGAAGAAAUUGUUUACUUUGUUAUGCCUUGCUUUACAGCCAGCAUUUUAAGAGGGGGGAUGCACACACGGGGGCAUCUUUUAAAGAUGUUAUAGUGUAUAUACAGGUAACCACUCUUGUUCGCUUUGUCUGACAGCUUUUCAACUGGUCACACAGGUCGGAAAUUGACAAAGACAACAGUCUCUGGGUGGUAGCUUGGAAGGGCGACUCGGUGUUCAUUGCCAUGUAAGUGAAGACAAAGACUGUGCACAAUCGAUGUUUUUUUUUAAGUUAGAUCGCGUAAAUACAAAUGCGUCGUUAAACCUGCCACCAGUACAGCCCACCGGUGUGUUGGAGAGUAAACCCAGAACAUUUACGCAUUACAUUUGGUGAAUAGAGUAAGACAAUGAUUGUAAUAGAGUGUGUCGUUGACGUAACAUGAGUGAACAUACCUUGUUCUGCACAGAAGACCCUUAAAGGGUAGAAAAAUUGAAGAAAAAUGAAAAUUGCACUUCUGAAGCUCAAAAACAUUGAACAGCGUGCAAAAGCAAUGCUGACCUGGUGUUAUCUGGGCCUCCCAAGUGCAGCAACGCCACGUGCCAGACAAUCUCAGUUUAGGACAAUGUCUAUUACUGUGCAAUAACGACUACAGGGGUUGGAUUAUGCCUUCCAGAAUUGGGUUUUUAUAUAUUUUUUAUAUAUACGUUUAACAUAUAACGGAUAAAUAACAUUACGAGCUGUAAAUGGGCUGAAUGUGGUCGUUUUGGACAUCAUGGAAGUAAUAGGUUGGUGGGGGGGGAUAGGGAUCUAUGAAAACGGAUAUACCAGGUACCAGGGCACCCAAUCCCAGAGAUUAGUCUGGCACGUCGAUUCGCAACUCGGGUGGAGUUUGUAUGUUUCUCCCACCCCCCCCCCCCCCCCCCCCCCCCGUUCUGCAUGGGUUUCCUCCGGGAUCUCCGGUUUCCUCCCAUAGCUGAAAUAAAACGCGAAAAUGUAUCUCGUAUUGUUUGGCCAAACAUCCCAAUUCUGAAAAGUAACCUGCGAAUUACUCAAUUGGGAUGACACACAGCAACGAUGCCCCCCUCUCUGCCCACUACUGUGAAAACACUUAGCCGGACCCUCCUGACAAAAAGUAUUGAGACUCAGUGAGGCUCUCCUGGCUAAAUGAGGUCAUUGCAAGACAAAUACUUCUCACCUAUACGGUAAAUGUAAACGCAUUCUUUAUACAAUAACGCGUGUUCUUUUCGGCGUUAUAGUGAUUUAAAUGUACUUCUGUGAUAUGUGGAAUGUAAUGAUUAUGCAACGUGAAAAGUAAAGUGGAAUUGUCUCGUU